CCCAUAGCUGGGUAUCAAAGAUGGACUGGGAUAUGCAGAAAGUUCUAGUGCCCAUAGUAGACACAGUCAUCAUAGUGAUUGGACUGCUGGGCCACUCGUUGGUAAUCUUCAUCUUGGUAAGGAGGCGGCGGAAGACAGCGUCUCGGACUUUUCAUGGGACUGAUACACUACUACUGGCCUUAAGCACAUCAGACAUGCUGUUGCUACUCUCUUUGCCGUUCCACACAGCUGCAAUCACGCUGGGCAAUUGGCCUUUCGGAAGCUUACUAUGCAAAGCAGUCAGCUUCCUAGGAGUGGCCUGUAACACCGUUAGUGUGUUCACGCUAGCUGCACUAGCGGUAACACGCUAUCUGACAGUGGUGCACCCAACCUGGGCAUACCGCUCCAGGAUGAAGCGCUGGCUUCAAGUCUUGGCAGUUCUGCUUUGGGCACCAGCUAUGGCGUUGGCUGCUCCACAAUUUGCUUUCCGCAACGUGGGCACGUACGCCGCAACACACUGCUUUGCCUUCCUCAGUGACAUCAGCCAGGUGGUCUACAGCACCGCCCUCUUCUUAUGCAGCUUCGUUCUGCCUCUACUGGUCAUCAUCCUCAUGUAUGCCAAACUCUACAGUUUCCUGCGUAGGACUAGCAUGCGGGGGCACGCUUUGCAGUUGCAGCGCUACCAGAAGCAGGUGACCCAAACCACAGCCUUGCUUGUUGUCGUGUUCACAGUCUGCUGGCUACCUUCCUAUAUCGUCAUGUUCUGCCGAAUCGGCCAGAGUGUCACCAGCACAAACAGGCUCCGCUCUCUAGCACUCUUGGCACGGUUAAUGGCCACGUCAUCGUCCAUGGUCAACCCACUGCUGUAUGCUUUCGUGUCACGGAAGUUCCGUCGGGAGCUGCUGGGCAAGGCGCGGUGUGCGGACUGCACGGCAGUACGCGGACUCGUGUGUUGUCCAGAGAGAAGCAGAGACAUUGUACAGCCCUUUAACCCUGCGGAGCUGGAAACCCCACAGCCAUAAUGGAAGCAAAAAGACAGUGACUUUGAAACCUCGAUCUGUGAUUAAGAUCGAAAGAACCUUGCGGGAUUUUUAAACCAGUAGCCGAC